AUGCGGCCUACCGGCUCUGUAUUGUCAACGUCGCCGCACUUUAACAGCGAAGCUCUUCGCAGCUGCUCGAGCCAUCACCACAUGGCCAGCUCUGCCGUUAGCAGACACGGAUCGGCUCAGCCCGUUGCGGCAGCAUGUCCCCCUUCGCUCGCAACCUCGGAAGCCCAUCUGCGCCGCCCGCAGUCACCUGCACACCGCUCAACACCUCCUAUCGCCAUGGCUUCAGACCCACUUUUCCGCUCAUCCCAUGCCCAGACCUCUGCCACCCCUCUACGCUCUUGUUCCAGUCCUUCAGCUGCCUCGGCACCCUGGCUCUUCUUACCCUGCCUGAUUCCCACGUCUCGCCCGCAUACCAGCCACCUUUUUCCGCUCCGGGAACCGCUCGCGAGGUCUCCGACGAACUUUUCGUGA